AUGGGUCCAAUGAGGUCGGGACGAGUUGAUGAGACUGGUUAUGAAAUCAAGAAGCGGCAACCCCAGAAACCUACUGGAAUUCUCACGGGCCGUAAUCACUUUUAUGUUACCAAAAAAACUUCCAUUUCUUCUACGAUGAAGCGCAUUGAAGAAAUGCUACACAACAAGGAGAAUGAGAUCUAUAUUCAUGGGCUGGGUUCGUCGCUUAAUCGAGCAAUGGUACUUGCACUUGAAGUGCAAAAAGUUUUCUUUGAUGGUAUAUCUCUUAAUUUAACAACUUCCACUGUUAAUGUGACCGACGACUUGUUUCCACUGAGCGACGAGUUCGAGAUGGGUAUACGUAACCGACCUCUUUCUGCUAUACAAAUCUAUAUUUGCCGCGUAAAAGUGACUGCUCGCGAAUUUGGGGGAACUCGAUCUUUCGGAACUGGCAAGAGAGCAGCAAGGAUAGCUAUUGUCGGAAGUGGUCCAGCAGGAUUGUUCUCUUGUGGUUCAUUGCUGCGGCGCUUGCCGGACAGCAAAUUCGAUGUAUUUGAUGCAGCUCCUGUUCCCUAUGGCCUUGUGCGGUAUGGUGUUGCACCUGAUCAUCAGGAGAUGAAAAAUUGUACAAACAUUUUUGAUCGCAUGUUUGAGUCCCAUCGCGAUCGUCUUUCAUUGUUUUGUAAUGUUAGGAUAGGAUCCGACGUUACUGUAGAAGAGUUAACAAAACAUUAUGACGCUAUCUUGCUUGCUUACGGUGCUCAUCGUCCGCGUCACUUAGAUAUUCCUGGAUCAGGGUCGACGAAUGUAAUUUCGGGAUCAGAUUUUGUCUCCUGGUACAAUGGAGUCCCUAAUGCUAAGACACCUCUUCUGGAUGAUCCCAAUGUGGUGAUAAUCGGAAACGGCAAUGUCGCACUUGACUGCGCUAGAAUACUUUCUACCGUGAAAUUGCUUGGAGCAACCGAUAUACCAUCAGAUGUUCUCGCUGUGCUUGAGUCUUCAAAAGUGACGAAUAUCAAGAUUGUCGGACGAAGAGGUCCAGAGAAUGUAUCCUUUACAAUCAAAGAACUACGCGAGCAAUUCAAGGUGCCUGAAUGGAACACCACUGUGGAAAUGGAUGAGGAACAGGUUAGAAGUUUAAAAGAGGCGGUGCCAAAAAUGGAAAGGCGCAAGAAAAGACUUAUGAAGGUACUUCUUGAUGGAGUGGGAUCUCCGCAAGGUGAGAGGCAGUGUCGAUUUCUGAGUUUUAGAAUCCCGGAAGAAAUCAUACCCAAUGAAAAUGGCCGGAUCUCCGCUGUGAGGUUCCUAAAUAAACGCACAGGAAGCAAUGAAGAAUUACCAUGUGGUCUUCUCAUAUACAGUAUAGGGUACCAGACAGUUGUACUAGAUGGACUGCCAAAAAAUGAGAAGGGUAUGAUAGCUAUGAAAGAUGGUAGUAGAGUGGAUAUGCCAUGCGGUGCUUUUGUUUAUGCGGCUGGAUGGUGCGCUCAUGGACCGCGAGGUGUUAUUGUUGACACACAGCAGGAAGCUAUUGCCGUUGCUGACCAUAUUGCCGAAGAUAUCAUAGCCAGGGAGGAUAUCUCCGGUACCCUUGGUGGAGUGCAAUCAAUUCUGGACGCCAGGAAUAUUAACUACUUGACGUUUGAUGAGUGGAAAAAGAUAGACGAAGCAGAAGUGAAGAAAGGAGCCGAAAAGGGAAAAGUCCGAGAAAAGUUGACAAAGUUCAAUGGUUUUCUUCGCAAACAUUCUCAAGUAGAGAACUUGUAUCAGCGACAUUCAAGGAGUGAACCGAUGGCGUCGCUUGAAUCAAAGCUAUUGGAUGGCAAGAGUGCAGGCUACUGUAGUAGCUCAGACGAGGAAGAAGGUAGUUGGUCAGUGGCUAAGGAUGACGAUCAGCAUCAAGCUAAUGUGAUGCGAAAAAUGGGUCCCAGUACUAACACCGGUGCGAAAGGAGUACUAAACGAGUACGCAGCUUUUCAACAACAGGCUACAAGAGCGCGUGAAGCCAAAGAUAGAGAAGUGCUGAGACAAGCGCGUAAAGGGAUGCUGCAAGGAUCAAAACUGGAACGAGAAGAGGCCCAAAAAAGCGAUCGUGAUGGAGAAGAAAGUCUGGAAAGUAUUCGCGAACGACGUCUCGCGGAAAUGCGAAAAGCAGCUGCGGGAAGGAUUUUGGAGAUUGUCAACAAGGAUCAGUUCACAAAAGCUAUCGAUACUUGUGAAAAUCUGUUGUGCGUGCUGAUAUAUGAGCCAGAUGAUGAAAUGUGCGACAAAAUGACUCACGUCUGUAAGGUUCUGGCUGCUGAUUUUCCUCGCGUAAGAUUUAUGCGAGCCAGAAGCACACUGCUUGAAAUGAGCAAAGCUUUUACAGAACAAGCACUACCAACCUUACAAAUAUACUCGAAUGGUGAUCUGGUUGGUAAUUUCAUAAAAGUACAUUCUAUGAUAGGAGGAGAACUCGAUGUCACUUCUGUGAGAAAGUUCCUCAGAAGACAACAUAUCGACUUGGUGUAUGGUAACUACAGAACCGACUCGGAGUGCUCUACUGACGAGGAUAUUGACUGA